UCACUUCUCGCGAGACCCGGCGCAGGCUUUUGACGUAUUUUCCGUGCGACAAGCUCUUUUCCUUUCCGGCCUCCUGCCCCGGCGGCACGAUGAGCAGCAAAGUGUCCCGGGACGCGCUGUACGAGGCGGUGAAGGAGGUGCUGCAGGGCGGGCAGACCAAGCCGCGCAAGUUUCUGGAGACGGUGGAGCUGCAGAUCAGCCUGAAGAACUACGACCCGCAGAAGGACAAGCGCUUCUCCGGCACCGUCAGGCUCAAGUCCACGCCGCGCCCCAAGUUCUCGGUGUGCGUGCUGGGGGACCAGCAGCACUGCGAUGAGGCCAAAGCCGUGGACCUCCCGCACAUGGAUAUCGAGGCCCUGAAGAAGCUCAACAAGAACAAGAAGCUGGUGAAGAAGCUGGCUAAGAAGUACGAUGCCUUCCUAGCCUCGGAGUCCCUCAUCAAGCAGAUUCCUCGUAUCCUGGGUCCAGGUCUUAACAAAGCGGGCAAGUUUCCCUCUCUCCUCACACACAACGAAAACCUGGUGGCCAAGGUCGACGAGGUGAAAUCUACCAUUAAGUUUCAAAUGAAGAAGGUGCUUUGUCUGGCGGUGGCAGUUGGCCAUGUGAAGAUGACGGAGGACGAGCUGGUUUAUAACAUUCACCUGGCCAUCAACUUCCUGGUGUCCUUGCUGAAGAAGAACUGGCAGAAUGUCCGUGCGUUGUACAUCAAGAGCACCAUGGGGAAGCCACAGCGCCUCUACUAAUCUGGCAGUAAUAAAUAAUUUUAUAGUACCCA